AUGGAACCAGAAAAUUUGCUUCCGCUUUCUGCUGAAAAUAUUAUACAAUUAUUGAAAAAAGAAUUUCGUUUAACUUUUAGUAAAAAAGGACAAGAUUACUUUGCCGCAAAACAAGAAAUUAAACAAUUAGGCUAUCAAGUUGGCGCUGAGGAAAAUUGGUUAGUUCAAGCAGAAAAUAAUCGAGAAAAAAAAUUACUUUGCUUAGUAAUGAAAGUUUAUCAACAUAAUUUACAUUCCAUAGGAGGAAAAAAAAUACGUGCUUAUUUAAAACAAAAGCGACAACUUAACUUUUCUACUAUCCAGCAAUUUGCUCUGGGCUGUUCGGUUAACCAUCAACAAUUAACUAAUUUAUUUUCUGCUAGUGAAGCUGCUCAACAACUGUUUUCAUUCAACCUUUUAAGAAGCAAGGAAAAUAAUAAAAUUAGUGAUUUUUUUGGAGAAAAUCAAUUAAUUAUUCCUCUUCGCGAUGAAUCCGGAGAAAUUAAUUACCAAAAAUCUAAAUUGCUUUAUAAUUAUUUUCAUGUCAGGCAAGUGGAAGAAGAUUUUUGCUAUUUAGUAGAAGGAUUUUUUGACGUAAUUAGUUUGACUCAAAAAGGAAUUAACAAUUGUCUAGCUUUAUUAGGAACUUCGCUUAGCAAGCAGCAACUUAGUUUAAUUAAAAAACUUAAAAAAAAAGUUAUCCUUUUUUUAGAUGGAGAUUCGGCAGGAAAACAAGCCACCAUUAAAGUUGCUUUGGCACUUUUGAAUUAUAAUAUUGAGUGCGAAAUUAUUAAUCACUCUUUAGGUUUAGAUCCAGAUGAAAUUUGUCAGCAAAAAUCAGAAGAAUUAACCAGCAUUUUGCAAAAAAAAGAAGACCCUUAUUCUUAUAUUUUGCAACAUUUUGCGCAAAUAUGGGAGAUUCGCGAAAAUCCUCAAAGUGUACAAAAUUUUAUUGAUAAAAUAGCGAAUUUAUUUAAAACCUUUUCCAGCAAGGUUCAAGAAUUUUUAAUAGAAAAAAUUAGAAAAAAGUUGAUUUUCGAAGUUGAUCAGUUAGCCACUAAAAGUGAAAAAUCAGUGCUUUGUCGAUAUGGCAAUACCGUAGUUUUAACCGUGCUUUGCCUUAAACAAUCAGUUGAGGUUAGCAAUUUAAACUUUGUUCCUUUAACUAUUUUUUUUGAAGAAAAAUUUUAUUCGGUGGGCAAAAUACCGGCUGUAUUUAGCAAAAGAGAAGGCAAACCCGAUUACAAUUCAGUUACUAUUGCUCGCUUAAUAGAUCGCUCUUUACGAAGUUUCUUUCCGUUAGGCAACCAGCACGAAAUUCAGAUUACCAAUACUUCUGAACUAACUUCUUUUAACCAACUUUUAACUACCGUGGUAGUAGGUAAAAGCCAAGAAAAAUUGAUUUGUAAUCCUAGCAUUAUGGAGUUAGAUGAUUCUGCUUUUGAACUAAUUAUUACUGCUACCGAAAAGAAUAUUGUAAUGGUGGAAUUAGAAGCCGAAGAAAUGGCAGAAAAAGAGUUAGAGAAAGCCAUUAACUUUGCCCAAGCACAAAUUAAGCAAAUUAUUCAUUUUUUUCAGCAGGUGGCUAACUCUUUAAAGGUUCAAAAAAAAUUAUCUUCUAUUCCGGAAAAGAAAUUACAAACUAGUUUACAAGCCUUAAAAGAAGAAUACAUUAACCAAAAAAUUUCUUCUGCGGAGGAAAUUGAAAAAAUUUGUGAUUUGGUUUUACAAAAAUGGAUUAAAGCAAAUUUUCACCAGACCCAACAACGCCUCGAUGGACGAAAAAAGGAUGCCAUCCGCCCUUUAUGUAUACAAACUGAUUAUCUUCCUAAUGUGCAUGGAAGUGCUCUAUUUCAACGAGGAGAUACCCAACAUUUUAUUCACCAUUAUAAUUUCCCCGCCUUUGCGGUUAAUGAAAUUGCUGGAUUUAAGUCACUUUCACGCCGAGAAAUUGGCCACGGUCAGUUAGUUGAAAAAACCUUUCCUCCUUUGCUUCCUACUAUUGAUAAAUUUCCUUAUACCAUUCGGGUAGUUUCAGAAGUUUUAAGUUCAGAUGGUUCUUCUUCACAGGCCGCUAUUUGUGCCACUACCUUAGCCUUGAUGGCGGCUGGGAUUCCGCUACAAAGACCGGUUGCUGGAAUUGCUUUGGGAUUACUAGAAAAAGAAAUUUUAGUAGACAUUAACGGCUUAGAAGAUAAAUUUGGCGAAAUGGACUUCAAAAUAGCCGGCACCGAAAAAGGAAUUUGUUCUUUACAAUUAGACGUUAAAAAUCAGGGAAUUGCUUUUUCAGUUUUUCAAGAGAGUUUACAAGUGGGUAAAAAAGCUAGACUUUAUUUGCUACAAGAGAUGAAAAAAUGUUUACCAAAAGUUCGAGAUAAUUUACCAACUCAGGCCAUAAAAUUUAAAAAAUUUUUUAUUGGAACGGAUCGGUUUGGGCUAAUUAUUGGCAGCCAAGGCAAAACUAUUAAUCGUUUAAUCCACGAAACAGGAGUAGAAAUUGAUUUACAACCCAACGGGUUUGCUCUGCUUUAUCAUUCUGAUGAGCAACAGUUAGUUAAAGUUAUUCAAUUUAUUAAAGCUAAAUUAGAAAAGAAGUAG